CCCUUCGCCUAUCCCCUCUCUGUCUGCCACGGGUUUCCCCCACCAAUAGGUCGAAGAGACGAGCGCACAGCUGCCACACUGUGAAGUGCGAGGACUGGAGAGACGCGCAGCGACGCCGUUAUCGUCUAGCCGGUCGUUUGGACUAACCUACAAAACUGUCGUGGAAAGAAGAAAGGGGGGUCGAGAGAGAAAGAAGGAAAGAAGAAAGCCGACCGUGAGAGAGAGAGGGAGACAGAGAGUGGCCGGCGUGCGUUUCUCGUGUUUUCCGGUUCUCGCGGUGAUUCGCAUCUUAUCAAUCGUGGGUGUUGUUACCGCGUUGAAAGCCGAUCCUCGACUCGCGCGGCUCGUCGUUCCUGUCAUCACGACUCGCCGUUCCUUUCUUUCAGUUACUUCGUAUGUGCAGGCAAAAGUCAGCGACAGCCUGUUCGAAUACCGGCGUAACAGAGAGACCCUUUGUCUCGAACAGUCGGCUUAUUCGAGUUGGCCGGUGUGUGCGGUUUUAAUUCGCGAAUAUUAGCCGGUGCUGGUUGCUGUGUUUUGACGGUACUGUGAUUUAGGUACCGAGAGAGGCAGUCCAUAACACACGGUCGCGCGUCAUCGUGGCCCACCAACGCGACAUCCUCGUCGUUUGGUUAUAUUCGUAUCGUCACGACCUUGAACUUGUGCGUCUAUAUAUCGUAUCGAGUGGUUGUGUGUGGUUCGUUUAACCUGUGACGUCGAGACGUAGUGCGAGGAGAAGGUACACCGAGAAGAGUCUACCGGUUGAGAACCGAACGACGACAAGGAUCCUGGAAGCGACCGCGUCCAAUGAUGUUUCCCUAUACAACAUUCCCGGCAGUAGGGCUUUCCACGAUUCUUCUCGGGGAAGAGGAUCAGAGGAAAGAGGGGAAAAUGAGUUAGAGAGACAGACAAAGGCGCAGAGCAGCGACGGGCCGGGCUACACACGAGACCGAGCACGAGCCUUUUCACCCGAGAACCCCUGUUCCGUCUCUCUUUUUUUCAAGGAUGCAGGUACGAAUCCUGGUCGCCGGUCUUGGUGAACCGACGUUGGACCACCAAGCGCGAACACGAACGAUGGACCAACGGUGACCGGGACCCGGUGCUGUAUUGUCUCUCCGCCGGCAUGGAGGCGGCGAACGGUGCGAUCGAACACGAUUUUCACAAUGCCCUGGUGCCUAUAAACGGUAGCCAUUCCGGCAGCUCCGGCAGGAGUACACCGAAUGGCGGCGACCCGGCACCUGGCAAACUCUUCGUCGGUGGCUUAUCUUGGCAGACCAGCAGCGAGAAGCUGAGGGAAUACUUUGGCAUGUUCGGUACCGUCACCGAUGUCCUGAUCAUGAAGGAUCCGGUUACACAGCGUAGUCGCGGCUUCGGUUUCAUCACGUUCGCCGAGCCCGGUAGCGUGGACAAGGUGCUGAAGUGUCCAAUCCACACAUUGGACGGGAAGAAGAUCGACCCUAAACACGCGACGCCGAAGAACCGCGCGAAACAGGCGAAUCGCACGAAGAAGAUAUUUGUCGGCGGCGUAAGUCAGGACACUAGCAGCGACGAAGUGAAGGCCUACUUCAACCAGUUCGGCAAGGUGGAGGAAACGGUUAUGCUGAUGGACCAACAAACGAAGCGGCAUCGUGGCUUCGGAUUCGUCACGUUCGAGAACGAGGACGUGGUGGACCGCGUGUGCGAGAUUCACUUCCAUACGAUCAAAAACAAGAAGGUCGAGUGCAAGAAGGCUCAACCCAAGGAGGCGGUUCAGCCAGGCGCGUUGACCCUCGGCAAGAGGGUGGUUUUGGGAGCGUUGGGCGUUCGACUGGCGCCACAGCCUCCACUGCCAGUUGCCGCGGCCUCACAGAUCGUCGCGGCUCAGGCGCAGGCCCAAGUGCAAGCUGCUGCGGCCGCGGCUGCGGCUGCCCAGGUACAAAACGCCGUCGCCGGAUACGGAAAACUGUUCGCCAGCAGUUACCCGGCUUUGUCCGCGUAUCGAUACGCGCCGUACCCGAUCCCGGCAGCGGCAGUCGCCGCAGCCGCAGCCGCAGCAGCGCCUGCUCCAGCUCCGGCUCCACCGGCAGCCGCCGCCGCCGCAGCUGCCGCGGCAGCAGCCACUCCUGCAGCGGCUGCCGCGGCUGCGGCUGCGCCCGCCAACCCCUACCAGGGAUACUCGCUCACCAACGUCGACAUGUCCAGCUUCCAGGGCGUCGACUGGGGUUCCAUGUAUGGAAUGGGCAUGUACGUUUAAACGCCGUUACUUCGGUCGCCUUUCACCCAACGUCGGCUCUGCGAUCGAAAAUCUUGCGCCGAUCGAGGCUCCGCUGACUCUUCCUCGUGAUACGGACGUCUUCGUUCCUUCGAACGAUUCUCGGUUUCUUUUCCUCUUCCUCGCCGAUUCUAUACUUAUCUGGUUGCCACUUUGAAAAAUGCUUCGCAUUUGAGUCAGCGCGAAAACUUUCGCCAUCGUCUUCCCAUUGAAUGAAUAAAAAUGUCUGCUGUCCUUUGUGUAAUCGGUUACCGGUUCUACAUUUCUUUUUGCUUUUGUCACGUAUUUGCGCUACAUGGUAGAUAUACCGAGAAUUUAUACGUUGAGAAGGAUGAGUCGUGGAAAGCGGUGCGAGAGAAAGAAACGAGAAGAGAGCGGAUACGGACAUAAACUCGAAAACGUCGCAGAGUCCGAGGUGGUGUCCUCGAUCAGGGCGUGAGGAUUUCCCAGCCCGAAAACCGAAGUCAUUCUUCUUGCGUUUACUACUCGUCAUUAUCGCUUGCCGAUUAAUUUAUUAGCGAGAGAGUGUGAGAGGCAGCGAAAACGAGAGGCAGAACAAUUGUAUGUAUGUGUGCAUAUGUAAAAGAGAAACAAGUCGCGCGUAAUUCGAUCGCAUCGCAUAUUUUGUUGCGGUAAUCUUGCAUCCUUCCUUCGCGAAUUUUCGUAUAUAUUUUUCUUUUCCUUUCCUAUUCCCUUCAUUUUCAAUUUCUUUGAUUUCGUCCAUCGUAGUUGUUUCACGCGUUCCACGAUAUUGUCGCCACACAUUCGGUUCCUAGUUAGAUUAGCAUGGUCCCUAGCAGGAUAUGCGCGACGUUGUUCAACCGCACUCGCUCGUAUGCUAAUUAAUUACUUAAUUAUUUAAAUGAUAUUGGCGGUCGUUUCGCGACCGUUCCACUCUCAAGGAUCUCGACCACGAAGCAAUAAAACAGGGGAGGUAGAAUGAGAAAAAGAGACAAAGAGGACGAAACAUUUGGAUGUGUUACACCGUGAACGACCUCGCGAGCCCGAUUACUCACUGGAUUCGUUCGCUUUGCUUUUCUUUUCGACGUUUCUUUCGUCGGCUCUAUCCUAUAUCCUAUUUUGUCAAUUUGUAAAAAAUCGUAGGGCGACGUUGUUGACAAAUCCGAACGAAAGCACGUGGAAAAGGAACGCUCCACGUUGUAAAGAGCGACACGAUCGCGGUCCGCGACACCCCUUUCUUCCGCUCCAGAGAACGAGGCAGUUCUCCUGUUUGUCGCGCGACAUACUCCUCCGCCUCGGUCAAAGUGCCAAACGAAGCAUAUGUGGAAACGUUCUAGCUGUUCGUCUGUCUAUUUCUCUCUUCGCCCAUCCGUUUGUCAGCUUUCGUCGCGAUCUCGGCUAACUUUUCUCUUCCCUUUUUUUCCCCCUUUUUUCCCCCUUUUUUCCUCUUGUUUUGUCUCCGUUUUAGUUACUGCGCGCUUUCGUUCGGUGAACGACUGUUCACGCGUUCGGUCACACGGUCGCAAACCACGCGUACACGUAGAGAGAAAAAGCAGGCGUGCGAAAGAGGCGUUACACGGGACGCGUUUAAAUAAGAUAGCGCAUAGGUAUACAUAUAUUUUUCUUCGAGUAACGGAAGACAAUAUUUCUCCAUCGCGCGAGUAGCACGAGCAGCCCGCGAUUCAACCGCGAUAUACAGAGAAAGGGAAGGAGAAAAGAGAAAAGGAAAAACAUUUCUGAGGGAUACUCGUUUCUAGGUGUACUAGAGUCGCGAGCAACGCGACCACGAUAACAGGAACCCAAGAUUGAGAUUAGCUCAGCGUUAAUUAAGCGAUCCUAGUUGUAAGUUUCAAGCAGAUUAAGACUAGAAUUUUAAGGAGUUCGAAACAAAACGAGUCGAUACUUAAUUUAUACCUAUCCGUAGGCGUCACGCUGUUCUCGUUUUCGCGACCAGGGAUCGAUUGAGGCGGCUGCUUCCGCGGUUCGAUCUUCCGCCGCAUUCGAUCGACUCGCGCCUUUCCAUCGGUGAUUCGUCUCGCGUCUCUUCGUCAUCGAUCCUUCGCUCUCCGACCAACUGUUUUUUACUCGUGAAAAUUUAUUUCUUUUCCCUUUCACCUCAUUCUCCCUUUCCUCUCCUGCCUUUCUUUUUUUUUUUUUUCUAUCGUCGCUAUCUCGAACGACCAUUUUCCUCAACAAUUAAUAAAAUUAUUAAUAAAUUAUUAAUACUACGUCGAGUGGAUAUUGUCAAUGCAGGAGCGCGAAGGAUCGACCGAGCAGACGCGAGAACAGACGAGUCUUCGCAAAGACUUAAAUUGACGUUCGCAAUCUACGAUUCUUCUAUUUAUUUAUGAUACCGUUUUAAUUCGCGAACGAUUGGGCGGAAGAUGGUCGGACGAAACGGUCCCGCGCACGCAGACGCCGCGAUUCGCCGCUAGCAAACGACGAGAGAGAGAGAGAGAGAGAGUGAGAGAGAGAGAGUGGUCGUCGGCGAGAGGAACGCGAUGCCGCGAAACAAAUGUGAGAAACUUCGAGCAAUAAGCGAUCUACUGAAACUGUAAGCUGUGUAUUAUUUAAGUUUAACGAGAUACGAUAAGCGUGACGACGCGAAUUGAGUGAGAAAAAGAAAAAAAGAAAAAAAAAAGGGAGACGAUAAUCUGUACACGUAAAGAGAUAUUUAAAGGAAAGGGACUCGCCGCUCCGGCGAACAGAGAAAAAGAAAAAAAAAAAGAAAACGACGCGGCGAAAACGUGUUAUAGCGGAGCGGGAGAAGUUCGAGGAAAGAAUCCUCUUUCAAACAACAAGUAAUAUUCUUUAGUGAUAUAUACUUUAAACAUAUACUUAAUAUGUACCGUAAUAUUAAUGACGACAAUGCUCGCGAGUGAUAUUUAUGACUUAUAAGAUGGUACUUAGAUGAAUAAGAAACAAAAAAAAAAAAAAUUGAAAGAAAGAGUGGGAGAGUGAGCACGCGUGAGAGUGUGAGGAAGUAAAAGAGUUAGCGAAUGUAUGGAAGAGAGAGAGUGAGAUAACGAAGCACGCCUUAAUACGAGAAAUCGCGGAAACAGAUACGCGUGCACGCGUGCGCGUAAUCUAACAAAAAAAAAGCAAGCAAGAGGCGAUGAUUUGACUAGAGACCACGGUGCAACCGAAUUCUAUUUUCCACGGUCUGCGUACUUCGAGAUGGUACGCAGUUUCGAGAUAGAAUAUGGGUGCGUACUUAAAACUGACCUCGAAGACAACCCGAUAUCGGUGUACCCUAUACCCCUGCAGCUUCCACUUUUCCUUUUCUUCUUACCAUGCACCUUUUUCGUUCCAUCGCGUCCCUCUUAUUUGUUUCUUGUAAAAAGAAAUUGCUCCUCUUUCUAUUUUGUCCUUUCCAUCUUUCCCUUUCAGGGAAAUUGAUCGUAUAUUCCGAAAUGUCGGUCGAAAGAAAGGAAGAGAGCGCUUCCACGGUCUCGCGUGAAAUACGUCAAUCGUUUGACGCGAGAACGGAAGGACGCGUUCCGACGAGGAAGAAACGCGGGGGCGCUCGAUCCGACCGAUCGAUUUCCUCGUCGACGCGGAACAGAACCUUCUCGUCAUUUGCAAUCGACAAGAAAACAUCAUCGACGACGAUUAACCUGUUCCUCCUCUACGAACGUUUUCCUUCUUUUCUUUUUACUGAAAACCUUCCGAAAAGAAAUCCCUUCCCAUACAUAUGCCGGUGAUUAUGUAUUUUAUACGCUACACGCACAUGCUCAUACAUAAAACACACGUACACACGUUAACGUACUUAUUGCGAAUGUCGAGAGUAAUUCUUAGCGUAGUUAGUAUUUUAAUGAUCGCUAACCAUCCAUUAGUUGAGAAUGAUCAGUAGGUGAAGCAUGCUGGUUGAAAUAUCUUAGAUCCGAAUCCCGUUGUUCCUUCAUCGCCCUCGUUUCAUUGUAUUAUACAUGUUUUAAGAAUAGUAUAACUCGCUGCUCUGCUUCCUUGCAGACGUUUCAUCGCGACCGUGUCUCAUCGGAACAAUCAUUCGAUCGAUCUUUCCUUUUCCCUUUUCUUUUGUUUAUCUUUGAAAUUAUUUUUAUUUUUUUUUUUUUUUAUAUUUUGUCGAUGAAUGUUUGUACGCGUACGCAGUACCUUUCUUCCUUUAAUUACAAUGUUAUCGAUCUGAAUGUACAUUCGCGCAAAAUAUUAUCGAUCGAAUGUCUGGCACGUCAGCCUUGCUCUGAUACUUCAAAUAUUUGAUCGUUUCUAUUUUUCUUUUCUUUUCCUGGUAUAUGUAUUUUGUAUAUGGCUGGAAUAUCCUUUACACGGAAAUUAAACUGCCCACCUUCUAAAACAUCACCACUUUUAAUCGUUUAAAACUUUCAAUUAUCCGAUAUAAUUCCCCCGAUACCCAAAUUUUCAAAUGACGAACGAAAUACUUGAUCGUUUAUCGACGGAACAGCAGUGAGUAGAGGAUUAAAAGGAGAACUUUUUCAGAGAAUCCGAGUCUCUUAACGGAGAUCGAUCGUUUCUGUAAUAAUACCACAACUUUUUCUUAAACUCCCCUACCGCUGCUGGUGUUCUUUCACGUCGAAGCAGCGUUCCUCGAAAAAUAAAGGGAGGGAAAGAGCCUUGGGAUAAAUACCGUUUUUUUCUUCGGCCAAACGACCAAGGCGGACAACGGAGCGAGAAAAAGGGAUCGGAUGAAAAGAGACGAAGACAAAAAGAAAUAAUUCACCUUCGCCGAGGCACGUAUCAGACGUGUCUCUCGACUCGAUCAGACGAGUCCACCCACACCCUACACAAUCCUCUGUUUAUGGCUAUCCGAUAUUCCGUAUACCUCGUUCUAUUCUUAUUACUAUUUACUGUCAUUAUCUCUCUAUUAUUACUAUUAAUAUUGUCAUCAUCAUCGUUACUACUACUACUAUUAUCACCAAACUUUAUCAUUAUUAUUAUCGGUUAUCAUCGUUGAUUAUUUUUACCGCCGGUAUCGUCACCCCUGCAAGUACGACUGCGAUCAUGGUUGCUGUUGCGUAUCGUUGUUAUCGUCAUCGAUCGUUGUUUUUCUAUUUUUCUGCUUUCCAUCGUAAUCGUAAUUACCGAUGAAUCGCGAGUUUCCAACGUAUUUUAAGGGAAACUUGAAAGGAUUGGAAACACAUUGGUAAUCGCGAUGAGAAGACAGACGAGCGUAUUUAAACGAACGCUCGAGAAAUCUCAUUGUCGAUCUUCGUCUUCUUUCUUUCCCUCUUCAGUUUUACCUUUUAUGUUCAUACUUUUUCUUUCCAUUGUUAUUCUUAAUUUUUUUUCUUUCUCCUUCUUCCAAUCAUUAUAAUAGUUGUUAUCUUAAUUUGGUUUCGCUACUUUGUUGUGCCAUAAACGCGGAUCCGUUGAAUGAGCGAUGCCCGCGAUAGGAAAGGGACGAUAGAAACGCGCGAUACGAUACAUGGACGAUUCUGAACCGCGAAAGGAUCGAGACACGGCACGAUACACAGCAAGAGUACGCAGGGCGGCGAACGCGAAGAACGACGGAUAAUUAGUUUAGUUCCAUGCCUAGAUGAGUUGCCAAUAAAGUAGUUCGUUUCAAACUUGUAGCUAACCUGUAUUGUGUGUACGACAACCUUUUUUUCCCCUCUUCGUUGUUCCUCCUUCUUUUGUAAUAGAAACCCCUUUUACGAUCGUAUUUGUACAUCGCGGCUAACUAUAUCGUUUCUUUUACUUUCGCCAGAAGUAACUAUGUUUUUUUUAUUUUCCUUGUUUUUUCAUGUUGUAUAAUAAUUGACUCACUCACUCACGUAUGUAAUGUUUCUGUCUCUUCUAUAACUCACUUAAACUUCGAAUUAGCGUACCUGUCAGUAUUUACCGCCAUCCGUGGUGGCUCUUUCUCUCAUCAGUUUCUUUUUUGUAUUUUUCCCCUUUCUUUAUUUUUUUUUUUUUUUAAUUUUUUUAGUAGGAGAUUCGUAGAUUUCUUUUCUUCUUUCUUUUAUUUUUUUUUUUUUUUUUUUUUUUUUUAAUUCACCGUUCGGUCGGUGGCGUCGAAGGUUGGCGCAACCGUCGGUGCCGGAGGCACAGUACCGCGGGCGCAUCGCUAAUUGGCUAAUUAAUAUUAAGCCGUAAUUAGCCUCGUUAACCCCGGUAGGCAUUCGUUUCACGCCGCUCUCUGGUUGGUCGGAACACGAGCGUUGCGUGCCCUUUGCAUUCGCCGCGUUUGUUCGCAAUUCCGAUUCACCUUAUACCGCGCAUCCAACCCUCUACCCUUAGCUACUCCUAUUUCUCGGAUACUCGCGAAUCGCUGUGACCUCGCUCGGACACUUUGCGAAGCGUAACAUAAACGCGACCGACACGUAUGAAAAUCACGAUAAAUACCUUGCACGAUAUCCCCGAAAGAUCCCAACGAACAGAAAACUUCCGUUUGUAUGGAAACGAUCGUCACUUAGAAGAUUCGCUUUCGCGUGAAGAGUAAAAUAAAAACAGUUUCCAUUGAACCGAAGAGCGGCGUGCCCUCCUCCGGUAUGCGUCGCGCGUACGCAUUACGCAUUACGCGUAGACGAAUAGAAUUUUGAACGUUACUUUCCUUUUUCUGUCGCUCCAUGUUGCUUCUUAAGCGGUUUAAGAUAGCCAGCGGAUGUGUUGUAGCGCAUGCAUCUUAGUUAGACCACUCCUGGCGCACUCUAACCAGCAAGUAAGAGUAAAGUUUAAUAAAUUCGAUAUGUACACAGUUUUUUUUUUUUUUUUUUGUCAAAUCUCCAGCGGGCCCAUCUCGCCCCAGACGAUUCCUCGGCGGUUCUCGCGGCGGAGGGAUCGCCCGCACUACUCGUUUCUCCAUUUGAUCCCGUUUUACUUCCCGUGAUUUCUCAUUGCCAACGAGAACGCGGAGGAGCGGCUUAACCGCGCGUCAAUCACUUUUAACCCUUUGCACUUGGUAGAGGGACCUUUUCGAUCGAGUCUCCACACAAAACUGCGUUGAUCUCUAGCUACGGAUAUCGAGGAGUCAGUUUUGUCGAUCAUUCUGUCGGACAAGUGGGCCGUGCGCAAAGGGUUAAUCGCGAGCAAAUUGGUUUCGUUUCGUCG